CUUAUUCCCGGUUCUUUGUCUCACCCUUCUCCUUCUUGGUUAUGACCGAGCAUAGUUUGGCCCUGUCUCUUCUUCUCAGAUUGUUUUCCUCAGUUUUCUCCAAGAGAAAAAUGGUUAUGGUUCUCUCUUAUUUUUUUUAAGCUCAUGUGAAAAUCUGGAGGCCAACAAAUGGUAAUGGUCAAAGUGAAAAUCAAAGUGAAAAUCAUUUUAGUGAAGCCAAGUUCUAGAGUUAUCCAGAAUAUCGGUUCGGGCUGGGUUGAAUCGGAGACUGUUUAGUUGUUGAUUUGGUUGAAAGAUGGCUAUUUUGAAGAGCUAUUGCGUAUGCUUGAGGGAAUCUACGCCCAAGUUUCUCCGUCCCAAUCUCUGCGAUAAUUACAGGAGAAGGAAUGCAAAAUGGAAAUCUCCACAAGCAGCUGUUAUUCCUUAUAUCCAUCUCCCAAUGCGUAGUUUCGAGGUUAAAAAUAGAUUUGUUUGGGAUUCAACUACCAAGACCCUGAACAGAGGUAUCUCGGAGUUCGUUGUGAUGGCUGCGAAUACUGAGCCCCUUCAGAUUCUGCUCCACCUUCCUUUGCUUGCUGAAGAUAAACAAGCACUUGGACGAGCAUGUGGGGUCACAAGACCUGUAAUUUCCUGUUCUGUCACAACAAACGAAGGAAGCCAAUUGAAAUCCCAAAUACAACAACUCAAGGAUGCUAUUGAGAAGCCCUUGAUCUAGAAUCUUAUGAAACUCAUUUUCGGUGUGACGGGCCUCUCGGAUUGUGGUGGUCAGUCCUUUAUAGGCUUUGACUGAUGAAGUUGUGCCACAAUUGAACAACUCUUUUAUAAUUUGACCUUAAAUGCGAUUGUUAUGUCGUUUAUGUUUUCCUAUGAAUUGAGAAAACAAAGGAUAAUCUUGAAUCGAUAUUACGGCAGCUU